GAUGCGUUUCAGUAUCGUCGCCACCGUCCUUAAAACAUAGACUGGAUGUAGCGUGGUCCUUGCGUACUGCGUAGUGAGCAAGCGAAGAACCAUAUUUGAGGUUUAACAAUGGCGGAACCUAAAACCAAAUACGAUCGCCAGCUCAGGAUAUGGGGUGAACAAGGCCAAGCAGCUCUCGAGAAAGCGAGCAUAUGUUUACUAAAUUGUGGGCCGACUGGUUCUGAGACUUUGAAGAAUCUUGUUCUUGGUGGUGUUGGGAGCAUUACUAUAGUCGAUGGAUCUAAGGUUGAAUUUGGUGACCUUGGAAACAAUUUUAUGGUUGAUGAUUCAAGCCUCGGUCAGUCCAAAGCCAAGUGUGUUUGUUCAUUCCUCCAAGAGCUAAACGAUGCUGUUAAAGCUAAGUUUAUUGAAGAGCAUCCUGAGGCUUUAAUCGACACCAACCCAUCUUUCUUUUCUCAGUUUACCUUGGUUGUGGCCACUCAGCUGGUGGAAGAGGCUAUGGUGAAGCUUGAUAGAAUCUGUAGACAAGAAAAUGUGAUGUUGAUAUUUGCUCGCUCCUACGGCCUCACAGGUUUAGUUCGAAUCAGUAUGAAGGAACACACUGUAAUUGAGUCAAAGCCUGACCAUUUUCUAGAUGACCUUCGGUUAAAUAAUCCAUGGCCUGAGUUGAGAGGGUUUUCUCAAGCUAUUGACCUAAAUGUGCAAGAUCCUGUUGCUCAUAAGCACAUACCGUAUGUCGUCAUCCUUGUGAAGAUGGUCGAUGAGUGGAAGAUUAGCCAUGGAGGUACUCUACCAUCAACCAGGGAAGAGAAAAGAGAGUUCAAGGAACUUCUCAAAUCUAGGAUGGCUGCAAUGGAUGAAGAAAACUAUAAAGAAGCUAUUGAUGCCUCCUUUAAAGUGUUUACUCCUCAAGGAAUCAGUUCGGAUUUGCAGCAGAUAAUUAAUGAUAACUGUGCUGAAAUUGGCACUGGUUCUUCUGACUUUUGGGUUAUGGUCGCAGCUUUGAAGGAAUUUAUUGCAAAUGAAGGUGGUGGGGAGGUACCACUUGAGGGGUCAAUACCAGAUAUGACAUCUUCAACUGAGCAUUAUGUCAACUUGCAGAAGAUCUAUCAGACUAAGUCUGAGGCUGAUUAUCAUGUCAUUGAAGAACGAGUUAGGAAUAUUCUUAAGAAAAUUGGAAGAGAUCCCCAUAGUAUUCCUAAAGCUACUAUAAAAAGCUUUUGUAAAAAUGCUAGAAAACUCAAAGUUUGUAGGUAUCGCUCCAUUGAGGAGGAGUAUAAUAAUCCAUCCCUUACUGAGCUGCAGAAGUAUUUAACUGAUGAAGAUUACAGGUCUGGUGACUCAAAUUUUGAUACUUCUUUUAUAUGUGUUUCUGUGGUUUUCUAUAUUCUUCUAAGAGCUGUUGACCGCUACGCUGCAAAUUUUAACCACUUUCCAGGGCAGUUUGAUGGUGGAUUGGAUGAGGAUAUAUCUAGGCUAAAAACUACUGCUGUUUGUCUACUUAAUGAUAUGGGUUGUACUGGUUUAACACUGACAGAGGACCUUAUUAAUGAAAUGUGCCGAUUUGGAGCUGCAGAGCUCCAUGCUGUUGCUGCUGUCAUUGGAGGAAUUGCAUCACAAGAAGUGAUCAAGCUUAUAACAAAACAGUUUGUUCCCAUGUGUGGCACAUUCAUAUUCAAUGCUAUUGAUCACAAGUCUCAGUUGUUGACUCUGUAGCAGAACUUCAAGCAAAGCAAUUUUUGGAAGUAAAUGGUGUGUUUUCUUCCCAUCUGGUGCAAACUACCCAGUAAAAUGUCAAUUUCAAAUGAAGAAGCGAUCGGACUUCUGGAUUUGUUGGCAGAUUCAGUCGAGAGAUGGGAUGGCUAUUUAUUUGCAGGUAUAGCUUUGCCGCUACAUAUGUAAAAGAUUUCUGGGAUUGAGGCAGUAUUUUUGUAUCUUAACAAGAAGACAUAGCUACUUUUUAUUUAGCUUAUUGAACAAAGGUGUAGCAAUG